UAACCGCAGCGGCCGCUGAACUACCGGAGCUCAUCGAGGAGUGAGGGGGGAUUGUCGCCGGUAAUCGGAUACAACCUCUGUCUAGUGGGGCGUACAGACACGGGGGCGACGCAGUAUCGAGGCGGCGAGCCCGCAGUGCCGUGCGGAGAUGCUGAAUAUGUGGAAAGUCAGAGAGCUGGUGGACAAAGCCACCAACGUGGUGAUGAACUACUCAGAGAUUGAGUCCAAGGUGAGAGAGGCCACCAAUGAUGACCCCUGGGGACCCUCUGGACAGCUGAUGGGAGAAAUAGCCAAAUCUACCUUUAUGUACGAGCAGUUCCCGGAGGUGAUGAACAUGCUGUGGACCAGGAUGCUGAAGGACAACAAGAAGAACUGGAGACGAGUCUACAAGGCUUUACUGCUGCUGGCCUAUCUGAUCAGGAAUGGGUCUGAAAGAGUCGUUACCAGUGCCAGAGAACACAUCUAUGACCUGCGAUCUCUAGAAAACUACCACUUCAUUGAUGAGAAUGGAAAGGAUCAGGGCAUUAAUGUGCGUCAGAAGGUGAAGGAGAUGGUGGAGUUCAUCCAGGACGAUGACAGAUUGAGAGAGGAGAGAAAGAAAGCCAAGAAGAACAAAGAUAAAUACAUUGGAGUCUCCUCUGACAGUAUGGGAGGAGGCAGCUUUAAGAAUUCUAAUGAGUUGGACCGGAGUAAGUGGGAUGAGGACUGGGAUAAGAGCAGAGGAGCUUUCCCAUUCAGUGAAAAGCUUGGGGAGAUCAGUGACAAGAUAGGCAGCACCAUCGACGACACGCUCAACAAGUUCAGGAAGAAGGAACGAGAUGACUCACCCGAUAGAAUCAGUGACAACGAGGAGGACCGAGCAUCAAGAAACGGUAGACAGGAAACCCUGGAGUUCAAAGAUGAGGAGGAAACUGUCACAACGAAGAGCAUCCAGAUCACACAAGCAACAGAAACCACAACCACCACCACACGGAAACGCAGCGGAGCAGCAGGCAGCAAGACUCUGGACCUGGGUGCUGCAGCUCACUACACUGGAGACAAGAGCCCAGAGGAGAAGUCAUCAGUCAGGCAGUCAUCCAGUAGCGGUCUAGCUGACCUGUUAGUGAUCGACCCUUCGUCCAAUCAGAGCGCUACAACAGGUGGCAGUUCAGACCUCAUUGCUGGCUUUGCUGACUUCUCCUCUCCUGCAGCCUCUGCCAGCCUCCCAACCUCCACUGCUGCUGCAUCAUCCAACGGAAACGGGGAAUUUGGAGACUGGAAUGCCUUCUCGGCCAAUCCAGCAGCUUCAUCUAGCUCUGCUCCCUCCCAGCCCGUUACCGACCUGUUUGGCAACGUCCAGUCGCCCACAGCCCCAGCUUCUAAUCCUGCCCCUGUCCCACCUUCUGCUGAGCUGUUUGAUCUGAUGCUGAUGGGAGGAGUUAACCAUCAACUAACCAAUCCACAUACAACCCUGAGUGCAUCUCAGAGCAUGACUUUCUCUCUGGGAGGGGCGACUCCAGGAGCAUCUGUUCCUAUGCCCACCAUGCCUCUUUCUCGCUCUCAACAGAGCUUGGGAGGCAUGACAUCUCAACAGGCCAUAGGGCCACAGCAGAAGGUUGGGGUUGGAGGUCAGGGAUCUUUGGGGUCGACUUGGUCUGACCCCUCUGUCAACAUCAGCCUGGACUUCCUAUCAGCAGGCCUCAACCCCACUAAAACACCACCCACACUCAACAAUAUCAUCCAGCAACAAGGAGUGCCUCCUGUCAACCUGUUGGCCCAGAACUUUGGAGGACUGAACCUCAGCUCCCCGCCCCAUGUGACACCCAUCAGACCACCAGCCAUGGCAGGUAGUGCCAUGACAAUGGGCAUGCCAGCAUCAAUGGCAACUGGCAUGCCUGCUUCCUUGGCAGCGGGUAUGCCAUCUUCAAUGACCACGGGUACCAUGGGGAUGGGGGGAAUUCCUGUAAACCAAGGCAUGAUGGGAAUGAACAUGAGCAUGAAUAUGGGCAUGACCGCUCCAGUGAUGAUGGGUGGUAUGGCUGGCAUGGGAGUGCCAGGAGUCGGGAUGGGCUUAGCACACUCCAUCACCCCAGCUGCGGUUCCACCCAAACAAGAUGCCUUUGCUAACUUCGGCAAUUUUGGGAAAUGAAGGAGAACAAAUGUGUGUAAGCGUGUGUGUGUGUGUGCAUGUCUGACAAUAUGAGAGUGUGAACAACAGAGGGACUACUGUACUUGAAGACAACCUUGCAUGUUUGUCUCUCUGCUUCUGCUCUUUUUGGCGAGGUGGCACCAGUGAUCGUUCACCACCACAGUCUGAUGAUGUGAUCCUCGAAGCAGGGGAGAGUGCCCACUGGUUCCCCGCACCCACUGGUAAUUCAAUGUGUGAAUUUAUGUCACACAGAGAUCACCAGAAGAACAGGGAAGUUGUCAACCCCCUUCUAGUCAUUACUUUGCUGUGAGGAAGGGAUCUUUACCCGGUUUAUAUAUGAACAGCAGUGUAUCCCCCCUUCAUUACAAAACUGCACAGAGAAUUCAAUCAGUAGAGAUGACUCAGAUGACUAUGGCAUUGCUGCCUUAAUUUUGCAUUGUAGCCUAUCAAGUUUUAUGUAAUUUAACCAAAUUCAAUCACAAAAUUUAAGCCAUUACAUAAGCCAGGGGGUGACUCUGCUACUUCUCUCAGUCCUUGUGCAAACAGUGUAAAUCUAGUGUUAUACUUUCAGCAUCUGCAAAUACGCAAAGGUCUCCUAGGGUCCGAGUAUUUUAAAUUCCGUCAUCAGAGGGUGUACCAAAGGCUCUCUGUGAAUGUUCGUGUACCCACCAAUUUGCCCACACGGGCACAACGCUACAUGGGAAUGGGCAGUUGCUGCGCCGACUCGAAAGUAGUAUAAAAAGAACAGCUACAUGUCCAUGGUAUCAGCAGCUGUCCAUGUGCUCGUCCACAAGGGAGUAGAAUCGAGCCGUGACAGAUGUGGUAUUUAGAGGAAAGAGAAUCCAUACUCUGGUCCUCCAGCAGAGGGCAGGAUGGGUGUAUACAGUGAGAUAAUUAACUGUGUAUUACAUCCUUUUCCCCUUUGUCUCCCCUCCUUUUAUUUAUCAGGCUUAUAGCAGUUCACAAUAGAUGGAUGUAGAGUAGGACACCUGAAGUAUUCUUGAUGUUUAAAAGACACCAUGAGUGAAGCCCUGAACUGCUCAGAAAAAAGUUCCCUAAAAUAAAAUAAAAAUGUUGGAAUAAUUAAAAUUAUAAUAACAGAUUUCUGUUAGAAGUGAUACGUGUCCUCUACUUUCCAUUUUGGAUUUCUCUGUCAUGUUAAUGCCUGGUGAAAGGGUCAGUCAGUAUUUUAUUCAAACUACUAUAACUGAUAUUUUCUCUUUAUGCCCUCCUGCAAUUGUGUCACUAUCUACAAGACUGAACAUCACAAUCUUCUAAAUUUCUUUUAUGUUUAAGGCAGUGGCACACAGCAGACACCUCAGCAAUGUACCUUUAAUUACAAAGUGUUUUUGCCACUAAACGUUUUUCAUCUUGCAGCUAACUUUUUGGUCUCUUGCAUAUCUGGGCCUCACAAAUGGUGUACUAGAAAAAUAACCACCCUUACAUUUGACAUAGGUUAGACAAACUGGAGGGAUUGGAUUUUUUUUUUUCAUUAGCUGAGUUUUUAAUAAAUUAUUUCUAUGGCUAGCUGAGACCAAUCCAAAGGGUUUUGGGAUCUCGAGUGAAGUGUAUGCGUGAGAAAUGCGUGAAUGAGUGUGUGCGACUUUGUGUAAGGGUUUAGUUUUCUCUGUUUGAUGUGCAAACACAGCUAAGCAGAGCCUAUUGUCAUUUUCUGAGGCACUGCGCUCCAAAUGACCAAAUCUUUAUUUUGUUACUCUCAGAAGGAUGAUUCCAUAGCUAUUAGUUUAAUAUUUUAUUAGUUAAGUUGUAAGGUUAUGUUCAUAUGGGAGAGCUACUAAUAACAUUAUUUAGUUGACGGGAAUCAUGUUUUAUUUUUUUUUUCUUUAUCGGUACAGGUCGUUUCAUUUGAAUUGUACUCUAUAUUUUCUGUACUUCAUUCAACAUUAAAAAUUAAA